GAUGUGGGACGGGAGCCAUGGAAAGAUGUCAGCGGCGUUGGUCCAAAUGUCAUGUCUGUACAGGGGCAUGUUCGCGGUCAGGACCACCGGCAGCAGGACGUUGAUCCCCGGGCUGGUCCCGCUGCAGUUCCGAGCCUUCUCUGUUCGGAAGGAACCGGAUCUGGAGGAGAACCCGUUCUACAGGAAGUACCAGGACAAGAUCCACCAGCUGCGCAGUUCCAAACCGCAGGAGUACAAGGAGCGACUGGAGAAGCGGCAUGAAGCCAAGAAGGAGGUCCUGGGACAGUCGAAGCAGGAGGAGUUCAUCCGGCUCAUGGAGCAGGAGUUUGAGAAGAGAGACAAGAUGUCUGCUGCUGCUGGAGCGUCUGGAGGUUUCACCAAGAACAAGACUUUAGGCUCCAUCCUGAACCUGGAGAUGAUCCAGGACAAGACGAGCGAGGAGAUCGCAGAGCUCUGGACGAAAUAUUUCUCAACAAAAGACACGAUCGGCGCCGUCAUCCCCUCGCACGUCUACGAGGGGAUUUCCAGCAGAUCCAGGACCUGCCCCAUGUUUCUUUACGCUCUGCCUCAGAAGGAGGGCUACGAGUUCUUCGUGGGUCAGUGGUCCGGACACGAGCUGCACUUCACCUCCCUGAUAAACGUCCAGACGCUGGGUGAGAACGCUCCGAGUCAGCUGAUCCUCUACCACUACUCGGACCUGCGGCAGGAGAAGGGCAUCGUGCUCAUGACAGCCGAGAUGGACCCCAAGUUUAUCACCAUCCACCAGGCUCAGUGCUUGGCCAAUCAGGUGCAGCUGUUCUACGGCACGCAGAGGCAGGAGACGUUCCGACUGCUGGAGACGUUCAACCGCCGUCCCGCGGACUUCAAACACAUGGCGGUGAUAGCCGAGCUGGAGCAGAGCGGCCUGGGGUCCGCGGGCGCCCCGGGCAGCUCCACAGACGGUCAGGAACGGAUGUGAAGUCCAGAUCCGUGCUGGUUUUUCUGGAGAAUGAACUGAUGGAACCAGACGGGUUCUUGGAUCCACGAUGAAACGAUCUGGAGGAAUCGAUGGAAACGGUUCAGCUUCAGACUGGAUCAGAGGGACCCCGCCCCGUUGGCACAUUUAUAAUCUAAACGGGUUUAAUUAAAACUGAAGCGCGAAGUGAAGCAGAGCUUUUCUUUAUCGGUUCAGUUUCAGGAGGCGAAGCUGCUUGAAGUUGUGUGGAGCUGCUCCGUUUGGAACUCUUUCUGUGACGUCAUUAAAUUUACUCCCGUUUAUUAUAAAACAAGAUUUAUGCAAAUUACAAAAAAUGAGUUUGUCAAAUUUCCUUCAAAGAGUUGAUUACAUUCAGACAGCAAUGAAGCAGUUUCAGGAGCCGAGCAUCUGGUUAACGUUUGAACAUUUCCUCCAGUCGGGCUGCGGCAUGAUGGGACUUGUAGUUUUCUUACAUGAACUCGUCUAAAACCUUAUAACAAAUAAACGCCAACAGAUUAUUAAAAAGUGUU